CGCUCCGAGUGCCUUUUAGGCGCACGCACGCCGGAGAGGGAGAUGGAUAGCACUGAGCUGGAUGGCAGCGGCAGCACAGAAGCUCCCCAGCAAUGCUGCCGGGAGGCUGCGCGGGCAGUCGGUGAAGCGGCGGGAGCGGCUAUGGAGGAGUCCGCAGCGGAGGCUUCUUCUUCAGGGGACUCGGUUGCUUCGGCCCCCAAGGCCGUCAGCCCUGUCAGCGCUCCCCAACAGGAACUGAAGCAGCAGCAGCAGCAGCAAGGGGUCAAGAGGCACCAUCACAAGCACAACCUCAAACAUCGCUACGAGUUGCAAGAAACGCUGGGCAAGGGUACCUAUGGCAAAGUCAAGAGGGCCAUCGAGAGGUUCUCAGGCAGAGUGGUUGCAAUAAAAUCCAUCCGUAAGGACAAAAUUAAGGAUGAACAAGAUAUGGUUCACAUCAGACGGGAGAUUGAGAUUAUGUCAUCUCUCAGCCAUCCUCAUAUCAUCACCAUAUAUGAAGUAUUUGAGAACAAAGAUAAAAUAGUGAUCAUCAUGGAAUAUGCAAGUAAAGGGGAAUUGUAUGAUUACAUCAGUGAGAGGCGAAGGCUAAAUGAAAGAGAGACAAGACACUUCUUCCGGCAAAUUGUUUCAGCAGUUCAUUAUUGUCAUAAGAACGGUGUUGUUCACAGGGAUUUAAAACUGGAAAAUAUUCUUCUUGAUGACAAUUGUAACAUCAAGAUUGCAGACUUUGGUCUUUCAAAUCUUUAUCAGAAGGAUAAAUUUCUCCAGACUUUCUGUGGAAGUCCAUUAUAUGCAUCUCCUGAAAUUGUUAAUGGAAGACCUUAUCGGGGACCAGAGGUUGACAGCUGGGCUCUUGGUGUUUUACUUUAUACUCUGGUUUAUGGAACAAUGCCCUUUGAUGGCUUUGAUCAUAAAAAUCUGAUCAGGCAGAUCAGUAGUGGAGAAUAUCGUGAGCCAACACAGCCCUCAGAUGCUCGUGGCCUGAUUAGAUGGAUGCUGAUGGUGAAUCCUGAGCGCAGAGCAACCAUUGAAGACAUUGCCAACCACUGGUGGGUUAACUGGGGCUACAAGAGUACUGUUUGUGACUGUGAUGCCUUGCAAGACUCUGAGUCCCCUCUGCUGUCUAGAUUCAUAGACUGGCAUCAUCGUUCCAGUGGCCUCCAGUCAGAGACUGAGACCAAAAUAAAGUGCCUUUCUAAACCAAAAGGAUCCGAAGUACAUUUAGAGAGACAGAGGUCCCUCAAAAAAUCAAAGAAGGAAAAUGACAUUGCACAGUCGAUCCAAGAAGGAGUUGACAACUCCUGCAAAUUAAAUUCCAAGCGGCCAAAAGGUAUUUUGAAGAAGAGGAGCAACAGUGAACAUCGGUCUCACAGUGCAGGGUUCAUAGAAGGAGUAGUCAAUCCAGUAUUGCCCUCUACUUUCAAAAAAGAACAAGAAUUAUGUAGAAUAGGUAUACCAAUGAAGAGUGUGUUGGAAGGGGAUAUAACGGGUAAAUACAGCACUAAGCAGUCUUCUUUAAUGCCAAAAAAGGGAAUCCUCAAGAAGACUCAGCAAAGAGAAUCAGGAUACUACUCAUCUCCAGAAAGGAGUGAAUCUUCAGAACUCCUGGAUCAUAAUGAGGAGGCAGGAAACAGCGACACAUCCCCAAAUAUCAUCGAAACAUUAAGAAUAGAGUCUUACAGUCAUUCCUACAGACGGAAGGGUAUUUUAAAGCACAGUAGCAAGUAUUCCACCACGACUGCACAUUCAGCUUUGAUCCACUCUGACAGACCAGUCACGAAAGGCAUGGAGGAAGCAAGUUUGGCUGUAGAUGGAUUAUCUCGAAGUUACAGUCGCCCUUCUAGUGUGAUUAGUGAUGACAGCAUUCUUUCCAGUGACUCUUUUGACUUGGUGGACCUGCAAGAGAACAAACUUAAAAUAAGAAGCUGUGUGUCAGCUGAAAACUUCCUCCAGAUCCAAGAUUUUCAAGGGCUUCAAAAAACCCGCUCACGACCACAGUACCUGAAGCGUUACCGAAAUCGGACAAGUGAUAGUUUUUCUCUUCUUACAGACAUGGAUGAUGUCACUCAGGUCUACAAGAAGGCUCUGGAGAUCUGUAACAAACUUAAUUAGCAGAUGGGGGGGGGGAAGUAGGACUGGAGAGAAAGGGUCUUUGGUGCCUUUAUGAUGGAGUUGGCCCAAUUGUCAAUUAGCUGACAGUGACAACAUUGUUAUAAGGCAGUGGUUCCCAACGUAGGGCCCAUGCCCCACAGGGGGGCAAUUUGAUUUUUAAUGGGGGAAA